AUGAAUCAGAUGGAAGACGUCGGAGUACAGAGUGGACGAGGAGGAAAAGGAGAAGUUGUAAAUGUGGAGAUCCAGCACUCCUCCUCUCCCUCCCCCUCUUCUUUCCCGUCUGCCUGGCGAGGCUUUGGGAGGAAGGUGACAUUGCUGCUGCCAUACGUCUGGCCCAAAGGCACUACAGCGCUGCAGGGAGUCGUGCUGCUGUGUGUGGGCCUGCUGACAGCAGAGCGGCUGGUCAAUGUGCUGGUGCCUGUUUACUCCAAGAACAUCGUGAAUGAGCUUUCUACAGGAGGUGGCUGGACUUCGCUGAUUGCCACAGUCUGCGUCUACACACUGCUGAAGUUCCUUCAAGGAGGAGGGGCAGGUACAUCUGGUUUCAUCAGCAACCUUCGUCAGUUUCUGUGGAUCAGAGUUCAGCAGUUCACCAGCAGAGGCGUUCAGGUGCGUUUGUUUUCCCACCUGCAUGGUUUGUCUCUGCGCUGGCACCUGGAGAGACGCACCGGAGACGUGCUGAGGAGCGUCGACCGAGGCACCUCCUCCAUCAACAACCUGCUGAGCUACAUCCUGUUCAGUAUCCUCCCUACCAUCUGUGACAUCAUCAUUGCCAUCAUCUACUUCGUCUCCUACUUCAGUGUCUGGUUUGGACUCAUAGUCUUCACCUGCAUGGUGCUCUACCUCACCUGCACCAUCCUGAUCACAGAGUGGAGAACCAAAUACAGGAGAGAGAUGAACAAUCAGGACAACAACGCCAAGUCCAGGGCUGUAGACUCGCUGCUCAACUUUGAGACGGUAAAAUAUUACAAUGCUGAGGAUUAUGAGGUCCGCUGCUUUGAGGAAGCCAUUCUGAAAUAUCAACAGUGUGAGUGGAAGAGCUCAGCAUCACUCGCUCUGCUGAAUCAAACCCAGAACAUCAUCAUAGGAUCAGGACUGCUGGUUGGAUCUCUGCUCUGUGCCUACCUGGUCUCUGUAGGACAAUUCCAGGUUGGAGAUUAUGUUCUGUUUGGAACCUACAUCAUCCAGCUGUACACCCCUCUGAACUGGUUUGGUACCUACUACAGGCUGAUUCAAAGUGCAUUUGUUGACAUGGAGAACAUGUUGGCACUGUUGACGGAGCAGCAAGAGGUUCAGGAUGCUGAGGAUGCACAGGACUUGCAGCUCACAGCAGGUCAGGUGGAGUUUGACAGAGUCUGUUUCAGCUACGUACCUGGCACUGAGGUUCUCAGAGAUGUGACUUUCACAGUGGAGGCAGGACAAACAGUCGCCCUGGUUGGUCCAUCUGGAUCAGGGAAAAGCUCCAUCCUGCGUCUCUUGUUCAGAUUCUACGACCCUCAGUGUGGCUGCAUCCGCAUAGACGGGCAGGACAUCUCCCAGGUGCGUCAGUCCUCUCUAAGGUCGUACAUCGGCGUGGUUCCCCAGGAUACCGUUCUUUUCAACGACACCAUCGGCAACAACAUCCGCUACAGCCGAGUCGCAGCCACCAACCAGGAGGUGGAGAGAGCUGCCAUGGCUGCUGACAUACACACCAGGAUACUGGAGCUUCCUCAGGGUUAUGACACAGAGGUGGGGGAGCGAGGGCUGAAGCUCAGUGGCGGGGAGAAGCAGAGAGUGGCGAUAGCUCGAACCAUCCUGAAAGAACCUGAGAUCAUUCUGCUGGAUGAGGCCACUUCUUCACUGGACACCCAAACUGAGAGGAACAUCCAGGCUUCACUGGCCAAGGUCUGCACCAACAGGACGACUAUAGUGGUCGCACACAGGUUGUCCACCAUCGUCGAGGCGGACCAGAUCCUGGUGGUUCACAAUGGACAGAUCGCAGAGAGAGGAAGACACGAGGAGCUGCUGGUCCAGGGAGGUCUGUAUGCGGCCAUGUGGAUGAAACAGCAGAAAACUCUCGACACACCAACAGAAACACAGAGCAACAAUCAGACUCAAGAAACUUGA